GCACGUUCGUCAGUCGGUCACAGACUGUGUUCAGACUAUCGCGGUGCACACGGUGUGUUGUUGGCCUCCCGGUUUUUUUUUUUUAUCUAUUUAUUUUCCGCCGUUUCCAACGCGCGCGCCCCACACGGUUAUCACGCCGUAUAUCUGUCCUUGCGGUCUUUUUAUCACUCCAGCGGGUCCGGUGAAACUAUGUGAACUACCCCAUCCGAGUGGGCCGGAAUUAAUAUAAACGACGGGCCAUAAAUCGUAUGGCCACCCUCUUUCCAUACACAUAAGUAUAUAUUAUCAUCUCGACAGAUCCCGUAUCCGGAGUUCGGCGGCCACUACGUCCACUACGAUGAUGACCGACACGGCCACUCCUCCUCCAGCUGAGCGACCCGGUGGCCGCGGUGGCCGAGCGGUGGACGGCCGUCGUCAGCUACACGUCCGCGUUGGCGUGUAACGUACGCACACGCAUGGCCGACGAAGACACCGACGAAGACAACAUGGUCAUGACGUCCGGACGGACGGCCGGCCGCCGUGGACGUCCGCCUUGGGCGGCGACCGUUGGCCGUUGGCCGUUGAUGACGGUCGUGUUGGCCGUCGCGUGGUCGAGGCUGCUGCUGUUGACGGUGUCCGACGCCAACGAAGCCGUUCUGUCCAACAACACUUACAAAGGCGAACAAAAGAGCGAUUUAAGCGUCCCGAUCGGUCAGUCUGCCCUGUUGCCGUGUGAACUGGACGAGCGCAGCAUAUUGGAAUGCGGUAUUGUGCACUCGGUUAAAUGGUACCGCGGUUCCAGUAGGAUUUUUCUAUGGAGCGCCGCGGUCCCGGUGGCACAGCCCAGGAAAGGCUACCACGAAAGAACGUCGUGGAGCUACAUGCCCAACGACACAAUAGCGUAUUUGGUUUUGGACAACAUCACGGCCAUUGACGAGGCAACGUACAAGUGCGAAAUCACCUACACCGCAGUCAAUGAGUUUUGCAAUAUCGUGCAGUUCAUAAAUUUGACCACAUACAUCGAUCCGGAUUACAUAAGCGUAGGCGUAUUGCCUGCCGACGAAAACGACGACGUGACCGUCAAAGACGAAGAUUCCGAUUACGAAGACGACGUGCAAAUCCGCAAGAAGUUCACCAAGGUCACUUCGGGCAACGUGGUCGGUCCCAUCGACGAAGACAACACCGUCCGUUUUUACUGCGAAUCCGGUCGCGGCAGACCUUUGCCCCAAGUCACCUGGUGGUGGAACGGAUCUCCGAUGUCGGCGGGCACUGACUAUCAGUACAAGCGAUUUUCCGACGGAUUAAUGAUGGCGCGUAACGUGUUAUCGUUGAAGCCGGUCAAAAGAGGCAUGGGCGGUCGAUACGAAUGCCGCGUGAGGACCGCUACCGUGGGAUCGCCCAUACUUAACUCGUACAUGGACCUGACAAUCAAUGUUCGCCCGUUAUCCGUGCAAAUCAUUUCCGACUCUGGAGGCUCCGAAAGCCACACGGUCACGUCGGUAGCUGGAGGCGCUACCAGCGACCUAUCCGACCCCAACUCGGCGGCUUACGUGGUCGAAGGCGAAGGCUUGGUGGUAAAGUGUAUAGCCAGAGGCGCCCGACCUCAGGCCAACGUCACGUGGUACUAUUAUCAAAAGGAUUACUACGACGACGACGACGAACUCCAGGACCCGUGGAGAACUAUGUACUACAAAGGAGAGAGAAAAAUCGAUCAGCAUAAAAAACCGGUGGCUCUGUUUUCCGGUCAAUCCGUCAGCUCAGACGAUUCGAUGACCACUCCUCCGGCUCCGGUCAUGGGUACCGUGCAAAUUGCUCAGCAUACCGAAUACCAGAUCGACGGCACCAGGGACACUCACAGCCAACUGGAAAUGGCCGCGUUGCACAGACGUCAAGACGGUUCGAUUCUUAGGUGUGACGCCUACAAUUCGAUUGGAGAAGAAAAACCUGGCACGGCGCAACAACCGCUCACUGUGAACAUGACCAUACGUGUGAAAUACCUGCCUACCGUUUGGCUGACCCGGCCAUCGAAAAUUGUUGUAAACGAAACGCAAACUGUGUUCAUGAGAUGCGAAUACACCGCCAACCCCAUGAACCCGGUUACGAUCAAAUGGUUCCGAGACGGUGAGGAGGUAAACGUGGAAGACCGAGACCGCGCCGGAGGACGCAGGGUACUGUCAAACGCCAUGAAAUACAUCAGGAUAAACGAUACGGUUCUACUUAUAGAGCACGCCCACAGGAGUGCUUCUGGAGAAUACAGGUGUUCUGUCCGCAACUCUGUGGGCCCGGCCAAUUCCACCAACACCAUACGGUUAACAGUGAAUUACGCUCCUCGAGUGAAAUUGGAUGUGUCGAUCGACGACCAAGAAGACUCGGAUCCGGACGGGGACGACGAUAACGCGAAGACGAACGACAAGAGCAAGAAACAUAAGACUGACGAUGAGAAAAAGAAAGCGCUCCAUCCGUACAGGCCGGCCAUACUGGAAACCGAUCACGUCAACAUCACCAUGCGGUGCAUAGUCGACCCGGACGACGGCGGCGUUGUCGUGGACGGCGAAGGCGUCAAGGCCGACGGCACGUACGACUCGUCGUUGAACCUGACCACCGUGCACUGGUACUGGAACGGCAAGCAGCUGAAAUUGCCCAACUGCAGUCAGCUGGUCGGUCACGAUUCGGAGACCGAGGACGAGAACAACGGCGGCGGCGGCAUAAGCAAAUUCUACUACGACCCCAACAACGUGGCGCCCGGCGACUACGACGAGGAGAUGAUGAUGGUGAUGCGCAGCUCGCAGGACGACGACACCGGAGACGGUUCCAAGAGACAGUCCAGGAUGAUGUGCAACGACAGGGAACUGGUGUUGAUUGACGUGUCGAAGAACAUGCACGGCAACUACUCGUGUCGCGCCCGCAACUCUGCCGGAUUGUUGACCCGCAUGUCCGAACAAAGGCUGCUGGACGUUUACUUCGCGCCUGGUCCUGUGACGCUGGAGUUCAGUCCACGCCGCGUCAUCAAAGGUCGCAACGUUACGCUCAAAUGCAACACCCAAUAUUUGGGCAGACCAGAUUUCCCAACCAACUAUUCGUGGUACAGGGACGGCCAUCAGAUAAUGAUGAACAACCACAACAGUUACAACGUGAACACCAACGGUUCGCCGGCCACCGCCGAAUGGUUUGUCGACCACGUUUCCUUGGAGACCAGAGCGAAUUUCACGUGUGCCGCAUACAACCUGGGAGGCCUCACCAUGUCCGAGCCCGUCUACAUAGAAGUAUACGCUCCCCCCAACUACAUCCUCGGACCCCCGCAAUACAAGGGCGUGGCUUUCAACGACACCCACGUGAACGCGUCUUGUACCGUCGAAUGUUAUCCGUUGUGUACCGUGGAAUGGUUGAGGCAGGGCGUGCCCAUCGAUCCAAUAAACAACGUCGCGGACAGACUAAAGUACAUGAUAAUUACGGAAUACAUGCAGGCCGAACGGUUGAAAAACGAUUUCGAAGCCGUACGUUCAACGUUGGUGUGGCGUUUGGAGAACUGGACAAACGGUCAGACCGGCCGAACCGGCUUGGAUCCGGCAACCGACUCCGCCAUGUACAGUUGCCGGAGUUCGGGAAAUUCUGUGGGCGAAGGCGUACCCGAAUCCAUCAUGCAUUUCUCGGUCGAAUAUCCGCCGGCCAACAUGUCCGUGUCAAAGUCCGUGGUGCACGUGAACGAGGGCAACAUACCGGAAAAAGUGUUUUGCAACGCCGACGCCCAUCCGGGUCCGUCUUUCGAAUGGUACUUCCAGAAACAGGAAUCUUCGAACAACUUGGCAAACGUCUCUUCGCAACAGCAAUCGGCUCCACAGCAAUCUGGCUCUUCGCAGAUGGUCCGCUUGAACACCGUUAACUCCAACAACUGGCUGGUUUUGAACUCGGCCGUGACCAGACAGCAAGCCGGCAACUACAUGUGCGUGGCUCACAACGCGCACGGCGCCGCUACCAUCACCACCUACUUGGACGUCAUGUACAAACCGAGCUGCCAGAUGAGACUGUUGAAAGUGUCCGACCCCGAAGCCGAGCCCAUCAUCAACACCGUACUCAAGAACAACCCGCGCAACGAAGACGAAGAGCCCGUGGUCGAGACGGACGACCCGGACCGCAGGAUACUGGUUUGCACGGUCACGUCCAACCCGGGACAAGUGCAGUUCACUUGGUCCACGCUCAGGCGCGACAACCAGAGCGACACGGACUCGCCGUCAACGUUCCCCGUCACGGAGGAGACAAUCGUCACGUGGGGCGAACCGGUCGCCGGCCAGACCGAAGCGGACGGACUCAGCUCGGCCGCGACCAACGUCAGUGUCGUCAUCCUCGACGACAACAGCGACGGACCGCGGACUUACGUCUGCAACGUCGUCAACAACGUGGGCUCGGACAUGUGCAGCAUGAUUGUACAAGCUUACCGGAAAAGUGACGUACCUUGGUGGAAACAACUGCUGGUCAUGAUCGGUCUUGGCGGCGUGGGCAUCAUUCAAAGCGGAUGGAUAGUGGUGGUGGCGUUGGCGAUUUUGAUUUUGAUCGUUUUGGCUGUCCUCAUUUUGCUGUUCUACCUGUUGUGCAGGCGAUGCAGGCGUCGAGACGGUAGUCAAAAAUACGUUAAACAGAAGUACACGCCGUCUUUUUCGUCGUCCCGAAUAUCCUCUUGGCGCAGUCGAAGUUUGUUGUUUUUGAGCGAUCGCCGAGUUUCUUUGGGCCCCAAAAAACAGCAAAGGCGACAAAAUCCCGAGGGAAGCGCAACCGCGACCAACAACAGUCCACUGGCCUCGGGCGGGCCUCAGGACGGACCGGCGGACCACAGGCAGUUUUCGGCCGAACGGCCGUUGGCGGGCGCCGCCUCGUCUCCCGGGGCCGCCGGCGACCCGCCCGGUUCGGCCGUGGGAAAAUGGCCGCUCAAGCCGGGCGUGUUGGUGCACGUCAAGCAGCGGCGCCAAUGCGACGGAUCUUUCGCCACCGGCAGUCCGUCGUCCACCAAGGCCCAGCAAGAAGACGCGGCGGUGCCGGCCGCCGACAGUAACAACACCAUGAUAGCGUUGCGCAACGAACCGGCGGCCAACGAAACGCAAUCGGCCAGAGCCGACCGCAUAAGGCGGAUGAACAUAACCGCCGGACGUGGCCGGCCUGGAGUGGCGACCAACGGUAGGACGGCCGCGGUAGGAGGAUUGUCGAAAAAACCCACACCCGGGCAACCCCCGCCGCCGCCCCCUCCCAGGCAAAUGUCUCGGCCGUCGAAUAGCGACGACCCAAAGCCCCCUAGGGUGCAUCCGAAAGCUCUUCAAAAAACAGACUGGCCGGGAAAUCACCAGCACGAUGAAGAGCCCGGGACAGGAGCGUCCUCGCAAAAUGGAUCAAACGGACCAAAGAACUUCUACGAGAAUCUGCCGUUCCACGGCAUGCGACCGGCGCUCAAUCAGUUUUCUAACACUACCGUAACACCGUUGACGACCACCACAACGGCUGAUGCACAUCAAAAAUCUAAACCCCCUUUGCCGGUCGUCUCGCCCCUAUUGAUCCACCGUCCAAAAGGCAACGGCUACGUGUCGUUGUUGCGGCAAGCCGUGGCCUCGUUGGACGACAAAGGCGAUGGCGGCGCCAAAAGAUUUAGUUCUUUGCAAAGGCCCGUCAGAAACAAAACCGGCAGCCAGCAGUUCAGGUCGUUGAGAGUCAAGUCGAACAACGUCGCUGGUCCGGCAGGAGAAGCCCUCGCGACGGACCCGAACAACAACGACGGUGACCGAGACCAAAACAAGCAGGCGACGGGGGGUUCGAUUUUUGGUCCGGUGCCGGCGCCCAGGGGCCGCAAGCGACUCGGACAAGAGACCUAUGAAAAUUUACUUCAGAUCAACGACCAGAAGUUGUGCUGCCGGAGCCUGGAAACCAUUAGCUAUCAUUUAGAGAGACUGAAAUUUCGCGGCAACUCCCACGGCGUGUGGUUCAAGCAACAGCAGCAGCCGCAAGAGCCGAUUACGGAACAACCGAAACUGCAACAGCAAGAGCAGUUGUACUACGACCCGUACGACUCGCCGAUCAUCACUCACCACCGUCCGCUCGCUCCGGCCGCUUACCAGUCGAUAGAAAUGACCCGGGUGUCCGUCCGCAGGGAACAGCCCGAGCUGCAGAUGUACAGCCAGAGGCGUCUGCAGCCCGAAGACGGCGUGUCCACGCUGAACAGCAAGUAUUACCACCCCGGCAGCAUUCAGCCGCCGCAGAACGACGACUCGGACGGGCCGAUCGCCGUGCACUCGUCGUCGUCGUCGUCGUCCAAACGAAGGCGGCAGUCGCACUCGACCGGCGGCUACGGCCGUAGCAACACCAUUGGCGGCCGAGCGAUGGCCGCCGCCGAAGAUGACGAGCCGCAUCAAUACAAUAACACCCGACGCCGCCGCGGUGUCCGCAUGGUGGUCGACGGUGGCGGCGGCGGCGGCGGAGACGGUUACAAAACCGGUUACGACAGAAGACGCGCGUCGGCCACGGCGGCCGCCAACAACAACGGCAACAAUUACGUGACGCUGGGCCAUCGCGGCCAAAACAGCUAUGCCGGCCCCAGCACGACCGGCACCGCCGGAGCCAGGCACAAGCGGCAGCCGCCCAAGCGCAGCCUGUCGUCCUCCUAUUACCAUCCCGGCGGGUCGGCCACCUGGCGGCGGACCCGGGGCUACGCCGACGACGACGACGACAGCGACAGCGACGACUGCGGCGGCCGCUUCAACCGGUUCACCACGCCCGUCGAGGUGUCCGUCAUCGGCCACGGUCCCGGCGGCGCUACCUAUCAGACACCAGCUGCGGCCGAUCCCAUGUCUUCGGUUAAGUUCAACCGGGACGUCGGUCGGGAGAUAGACGUUUAAACUGUGCUAACAAUAUCCAUUAACAAACACAAGCGCACUUCCUUACACGCCCGGCAGUUACUCAGGAGAUGCCAGCGAUUUGGAGUACGCCGACGUUGACUACCGUUCGUACGGACCGAUCAACUACAAAGCAGCUUCUUCUUGAACUUGGACUUGAACUUGAAUAUCAUCGAUUUACAACAGCUAUAAUUAUUAACUAUUAUCGUAAUGUAAUGUAUAACCUACGCGUAUAUAUGUAAAUAAUAACAAUAACGUCGGCCGCUUACGAGUCGGUAGAAAUAUUAAGUUAAAAAAAAAAAAAAAGGCAGAGAACAUACCUUUUUCUUCUACUUAUCGAGUCGUGCGCAUACUUGACGGCAAAACCGUAUUGAAUGGUUACAGAUUUCAUGUAAACAGUCUCCUAAGAUCACCUAAUGGACUUGUAUGGGAUAGGGAUGAUUUCCCCGUCUGUGUUUAUAAUAUAUUCGAUAUCGUUGGCCGAUGAGUAGAUAUUGAAAUAUUCCAAGUGAUGUCAUUGUAUUCCUUUUGCGCCGUCGUCCUGCUUGCUGUUUGACAAAGCAAAGACCUCCCCUCUGGCUUUUAGUUUAAAAUUCUAUUUGAAACUUUCGCAAAACGUCCGAAGACAGGGCUGAUGAUUAUUUCAAACAGCGAUUUCAUUGACAACCGAACCGGAUGUCCGGGUUCGCGACGUGUCUCCUUGCAAGACAUCAUUUCAACUAACACAAAAGAUAUCCAACUGCCAACGCAUUGUCCUUCGCAUAGCCAACUGCCAUUACCGUAAACCCGCAACUGUUCUACAUUUCUACUCUACCGUAGUUGUUAUUAUUACCUGUUUUGUUUGUUUAUUUUUUAAUAUUUGUUGUUGUGAUUAACACAGGGUAAUUCGCCAUUACCAAUAUCGACUUGGUUCCCACCACGCUGUCCGCCCCUCUAUGUACCUAUAUAUAUAUAUAUAUAUAUAUAUAUAUAUAUUAUUGCUCGUUUUAUUUUCUUUCUAUUAACUGCCCGCCGAACGACCUAUAAUAAAAUAUUAUAACCCGUUUUAUUUGUACAUAAUGAUGAUGAUAAUAAUAAUAAUAUUAAUAUUUUAUAUGGAUUAGUCAUCAUAUUGGUAGACGUUGUAGCGAAAAAUUCGGUAGGAAAAAAAUUAUAGUAAUUAGUUUUUGCAAAACGAUUAGAUUGAAAUUAUUAAAAAGAUAAGAGUUUUAGAUAAAUGUGUUCGUAUUUACUGAAAUUUUGUUCGUAUUAAUAUUGUAGCGUGACAAAGUUUUCCGUUUUGAAUUUGUUAAAAUUAAUAACAAUAAUUAUUAUAUUAUUUAAAUCGGUUUGGAAAAAAGGAAAUUCUAUAAAAUCCAAAAAACGAUUCGUAGUGUGGUUCGCUUCGAGACCGGCUGUUCUUUAUUAUAUUGUAUUGUAAUUAUAGUAGAUAUAUAUGAAUAAAACAAAAAUAAAAACCCCUUAAAUUUAGUCGUUGCGUUUAGUUGAUAAAUAGUGUACCAAUAUUGUGAUGGUGGUAAGUCGUUGUGUAUUUCAUAUUGACAAUCAUCGAUAUCAUAUUCAUUUGCAUUUAAUACUGUAUUACAUUUAACGGGAUAUAAAAUAUAAAUAUAUACAUACACAUUUUAAAUUUAUUCAACGAAAACGACAUAUUUUAUAAUGUAUUAUUAUUAUUAUAAACGUAGAAAUGCGACGGCGGCAAUGGGGCCGACUUUGUAAUCUCUGUACAAAAAUUAUUUUACUUGUGACAAUUUUAUUAUUUAUUGUUCUUUAACCCACUCGUGUCUUCUACAUCUACACGAUUUACCCUUUUGUUUGAUUUUCUUCGAAAUAACAUCAUUAUCACUUAUUAAGUAUUUUACGUGGACUUAACCAACUCUAAUAUCACACCUACUAGCUACAUAAUAUUAUUAUUUAUCUACAAUGUGUAAUGUGUGUAUGCUGCUGCAUUGCUGCAAUGUAUUGUCUUAUUAUUAUUAUUAUUAUUUAUUAUUUAUUAUUGUUAAAACGUAUUAAGACUAUAGAGAUAAGAUAUUAAACCAACGUUACGGUCGCCGCCGUCGUCGUCGCAUUUACAUUUUUAAAUAAUUAUUAAAUCUAGUCAUUUUAUAUAUUAUAUAUAUUACAUUACUAUAAUUAUUAAGUCGUUUUACUUAUAAAAACGAUGAUAAACUUUUUAAAUUAUUAUUAUUAUUAUUAUUAUUGUAUAUUUGUAUAGGUUAAGAGAUUAUAGAUAAAUCGUUAAACCCUUAUGAUCGUACCGUUAGGUUAGUAGAUGUCAUUAUGGUAAUAUUAAACAAUAUAAUAUUAUAACAAUAUACUAUGUAUUUAUAUGUGCGGAUUAUAAUAUUAUAAGGUACCAGCGAAUGCCUAUUUGGAAAAUGAUAUCAUGUCCUGAAUAAAAUAUGUAUAAAAAUAUAUAUAUGUACGCUUAUA